ACAGUUUAAUUUCAUGAUGGGUGAAAUGACUUUAGUUCUUUAGGUCCUCUGAUUAAAUAGACCGUAUAUUACAUCUAUCCAUCCAUCCUACAAUCCCAUAUUCUAUUUCAGGUCCUAGGUUAUUACAAAAUUUUUCCAGUAUACUAUUUAACAAUUUACCGGUUAACUUCAACAGCGAUUCCUCUUCAAACAUUUGUUCGUGACAAGAAAACACAAAAAUGAGUAAGCCGGAAAAUAAGAAACCACAAGAAUUCCAUCUUCUGCCAAAAAUCAUCAAUGGCAGUAUCGCGGGUAUUGUCGGAGUGUCCGUGGUCUUCCCCAUCGACUUGGUGAAGACCAGGUUGCAGAAUCAAACCAUCGGACCAAAGGGCGAGAAGCAAUAUGCCAAUAUGUUGGAUUGUUUCAAGCAAACAUAUCGUGCGGAGGGCUACUUUGGAAUGUACCGUGGCUCUGGUGUCAAUAUUUUGCUGAUCACGCCAGAGAAGGCCAUCAAGUUAGCUGCCAACGAUCUCUUCAGAUUCUAUCUCACCAAACCUGAUGGGUCGCUACCACUAACGAGUCAGAUGUUGGCUGGCGGCAGUGCGGGCGCGUGUCAGAUCGUCAUCACCACGCCCAUGGAACUGCUCAAGAUUCAAAUGCAGGACGCGGGCAGGGUGGCAGCACAAGCUAAAAAAGAGGGCCGCAAGGUGGAGCGGCUGACGGCGACAGCGCUGACGCGGCGGCUGCUGGCGGAGCGCGGCAUCCUCGGCCUGUACCGCGGCGUCACCGCCACCGCCGGCCGCGACAUCUCCUUCAGCAUCAUCUACUUCCCCAUGUUCGCCAUCCUCAACGACAUGGGCGCCAAGGACGGACAGGCCCCGCCCUUCUGGUGGUCGUUCCUGGCGGGGUGCACGGCGGGCUCCACGGCCGCGCUCGCUGUCAACCCCAUGGACGUGGUGAAGACGCGCAUGCAGACCCUCUCCAAGGGCAGCAAUGAGAAGCAAUAUACCUCCAUCAUGGAUUGUAUCACUACAACAUUGAAACGGGAAGGUGUGACCGCGUUCUUCAAGGGCGGGGCGUGUCGUAUGAUGGUUAUCGCGCCGCUGUUCGGUAUCGCACAGACCGUUUAUUAUAUUGGUAUAGCCGAAUACUUACUGGGAUAUAAGUAAAUGUACCCCGUUCCUCUCAAUCCGUGUUACUUUGGCUGUUUACGUUGUAAGUUCCUAAAAGGUUCAAAUUAAUAGCUUUACCGUUUGUUUCUAUUUCCGAAAUACUAAUAUCUCUUUUUUUCUCGAAAAGAAUGAAAGAGAUGUACAAAUUCAAUUGUGUGAGAAUUUAAAUUAACAUUUUAGGAUAUAGUUUUUCAUUUCUGUUGAAUUGGAGUAUUUCGAUUGUGGAAACAACGGUUAUACUUUCUUAUGUAUUAUGCUGGGAGAGUUUAAAUAACAUUUACGAAAUAAUAUUUAAAUAUAUCCAAAAUACAAAGUGAAUCAAUUUUAUAUUGGUAAGGUCUCUUUAAUUUCUUUUUUGACUAUCAUAUUUGUUGGAAAUGUAUACUUAGAUCUUACAUCUACGAUUUUUUUUGUUCAGUUAAAAAUAUGGUCCUUCGAGCAGCCGACAUUCUUUUCAAAUGUAGGCAUAAAUUUUAUAAAUACACGUCAAAUGGCGUUUUUCUCAAAAUAUUAGUAUUGGAAUUCAGUGUGCAAAUGUUAACUGACAGUUGGUCAGUGUUGCCACUUUAUCUUAAAUCUCUUUGAAAAAAAACUUCUGUGAUAUUUAAACUCUUUCAGCUAUAAAAUACGAAGCCAAUAUUAUUUAUUAGCAAAUUUUGUUUUUUUUUUACGAUAUCGUUGAUUUAACGUAUCAAUUUGUUAAAUUAUAUUUUUUACAUAAUUAUUUAUAUUUAAAUAUGAUACUGGAGUGAUAGUUAAUCAUUGAGUUCUCGUUUAAGGCGUAUAAUAAUGUAGGUAACUAGAAUGACAGUUAAAUUUGAAAAAAAAAUAGAAAUUUGCGAAAUACAUGGAAACAAUUAUAUUCAUCCCUUGCACUUGUUGAAAUAAAAGAUGUUUUCUAUAUUAAAGAAAGAAAAAAAUCAUUUAACUAUGAAAUUUAAUCGAGUAUUGAAAGCAUCUAUCUCUUUUACUCCACCUAUAUAUCUCUCUUAUAACGAAAUGUACCAAAUGGCUUUUACAUUUCCUGUCUCCAGUUUUACAGUGUGGCCAUUAAAAAAAUGUAAAAGAAUAAAUAAGUUUUUAACUGCCAUUCAUAUUAUACGCCUUAAAACAUGAAAUUAUAAUUUUAAAUUAUUUCAUUUAAAUUAUCACAAAGUUAAAAAACAUAAUUUAUUAUAUAUUUAUUUAUUUAAAUUGCUAAAUACUCGCCAUAAUUGGUUUUUAUAAUUUGUAUACAUAGAUUUAUAAUCUAUAGGUAAACACUUUUUGGAGGGAAAAUUCCCUCAGUGUUGUCAUUUAUAAAACAAAAUGUCAUUUCGAUAAUCGACUCUCGAUUAGACGUUACUUUACAUGAGAAAUUAUCUUUAGGUUAUAAAUCUAUCGUUUUACAGUUGUUAUAGAAAAUUUGCUUGUAAGCGAUUUUAUGAACAAUGACAAUUAUUAAUUUUUAAUGUAUCCAAUGUUUAAAUCACACUCAAGCUCGUUAAGUAGCCACUAAAGGAGUUUCUUAGUAUAGUUUAAUAAAUGCACUAAGGAACUACUUAAGUUAUUGUUACAGCGACUGUGAGUGGUAGUAAGUGUUAAAUGUUCGAAUAUAAAAAAAAUAUAUAUAGGGUUUGUAAUGUUAUCAUAGAUGUACAAUCUAUAGAUAUCUUAUCUAAAGCACAAAAGUGAUACUUAAAAUGUCUUUGAAAGCCUUUUGUUGAGAUAAAUUCCUUCAGUAAUUUUGCAAUGUAUAAAUGACAUUUCAGCUCUUAAUUUUUUUUAAAUCUGAAGGAAAUCAGAUUUCCUUUGGGAGCGUAGGUUCGUAUCCUACCGGCUGCGCCAUGUUAAAGAGCGGGAACAUGUAAUAAAACAACAAGCUUCAGAUGCAGACUGAUUUAUUUCUCUUUUUCAUUUAUAAGUGCCAUGAACAUUGAUUCACACAUACUGACACUCGUCAAACUUAUAUUAAAUUAUAUAUAUACCUAUAGAUUAUACAUCUAUGUUAAAUAUUCAAUUAAUACAUUGACAAUAAUUACACGCUAUAUAAAACGGGUGUUAGUGUAACUAAUUAUUAAAUUGAUGUGUAGCUGAAAAUAAUGUCAAUUUUACGCUAUUUAUUACACUCGUAGUAGACCUUGACAAACUUUGUUUAUUUCUAUUCAAUAAGUUUAUUACCUGUUCAAAAUUAAAAUUUCUACUGUUGGCAUAUUUAGACAUUUCUUAUAUGGCAAUACUGUUAUAUAGAUGUCAUGAUUAAAUGUUCGGUAAAAUCUAGUCCAAAGUGUUUUAAGUAAUUUUCUCGCUUAUUUAAUGUAUUUUAAAGCUUCCAUUUUUAAUUACAAUAUAUUAGGUAUAGUUUUUAUUUAAGCUUUUAUCUUUAUAUUACUGUCACAUUUAGUAUGACAGUUUUAUUAUAGUUAUUUAUCAAUUUUAUUUCCGACAAGUAAUUGAAAGUAAAUUAUUGGUAUUAAAAUCUUAAUUGUAAUUGUUAUCAAUAAAGUCUUAAAGGUAUAGAACAAGUAAAUUAAGUUAUAGAAUUUUAUAAAUCUUCCAUUCUUGUUAAUUUAAUUGUUUGCACUAUUGGCCGUGUGCAGGUUUGCCGAUGACAGAGUAUCGUCAGUCAACGCGUGACUUUGUGAAGUCAUCGGCAAACCUGUAUUUGAGUUAUAUUGUAAACUAAGCGUUAUUGUCAAGGUCUACUCUUGCCCUGGUUAGCCAUAUGGUCAAUUAUCCUGAAAUUUUUAUAUCAUUGAAUCAAUUGUUAAACGCACUUUAGCUUAUCAGUAGAGCGAAGGAUUAUGGUAACGAUCAUAAAAAUAAAAUUACGAUGUUUGUAAAAUAAUUAAAACUGGCAACAUUCUUAAAAGUAAUGCCAAAUAAGUGUAAUAAAGGCUAAGAAUAAAUUACACACUUUUAUUCUCAAGGCUAGUUAUGUGAAUUUAUAAUAACCGUGCUAAAUGGUUUAGAAUCGGUAUCGAAAAUAAAACUAUUUGGUGUAACAGCUUUUAUAGGUAUCGAUAUUAAUCAUUGUAACGAUAUUAAACAAUAACAAUAUUAACAAAUAGGAAUUUCGAAAUGCAAUAUCGUUACUUUUAUUUUUAUGAUUGGCCUGAAUGUGAUGAAAAUAAACAUGUAUUCCAUUUGGCCGCAAGCCAGUGAUAUAUGACCUGCCAGUUGUUAAAAUGAAGUAUGGACCUAGUCAAAUAUUAUAAGUAAAAUGUCUUCUGUUAUCAAUUUGACGAAUUUGAAAUAAUGGAUGCUGGUGAAAAUUUCAUACAAUAGAAUAUGCUUGUUUUAGACCUAGAAGUUCAAUAAAUAUUUAUGGAAUCUAAA